AUGGAUAAAGAAGAUGAAAUGCCAUUACCAUAUAUUAAAGCUCUUACGCAUGAAAUCAAAGAAACAAAACAAAUAGUAGCUGAAGCUCAAGAACAUAUGUAUACCAGAAAGAGAGAAAAUCAAGAAUAUUAUGAGCCAGCAACUGCUUUGCUUAAUAGCGUUAAAAACACACGACAAGAAUUGAUUGCAAGAGCUUAUGCCGUUAUAAGUAUGAUAGAUAAUGAAACACAACAGCUUAAAGAAAUUAAAGAGCAAAAUUCACGACACGUGCAUGAACUUCAGCUAACAUCCGACGUUUUGAAUCAAGAAUCAGAUGAAGAAACAGAUAAUCCCCUUGGAAUAGCUGUUCGCGCCAUUGGUACUAUGUUUCCAUUCAUUGUUUUCGGUUUAUACACUAUUUGUUCCAAAUAA